GUGACGGGGUUCGCGACGGUGACGGCGACCGCUCCCUGCAGCAGAUGCUUCGAGCUAUCGCGGAGGAGCGGAGGCGCCUCAGCCUUCGCCAGGAGAUCAGCGGCCUCGGGUGCUUCAAAGAUGACCGCAUUGUCUUUUGGACCUGGAUGUUCUCCACGUACUUCAUGGAGAAAUGGGCUCCAAGGCAGGACGACAUGCUGUUCUAUGUGCGCCGGAAGCUCUCCUAUGUGGCGAAGGCUGGGGGGCUCACAGGACGUCCGGCUUCCACCCAGCAGGUAGAUGUAGAGGUUUACCGGCGGGAUUCCAAGAAGCUGCCUGGCCUUGGAGAGCCCGACAUUGACUGGGAGGAGAGCGUUUGCCUGAAUCUCAUUCUGCAGAAGCUUGACUACAUGGUGACCUGCGCCGUCUGCACGCGCUCCGAUGGAGGGGACAUUCACAUCCACAAGAAGAAAUCCCAGCGAGUGUUUGCGUCUCCCAGCAAGCACCCGAUGGACAGCAAGGGGGAGGAGUCCAAGAUCAGCUACCCAAACAUCUUCUUCAUGAUUGACAGCUUCGAGGAGGUCUUCUGUGAUAUGACUGUGGGCGAAGGCGAGAUGGUCUGCGUGGAGCUCGUGGCCAGCGACAAGAGCGACACCUUCCAGGGUGUCAUCUUCCAGGGUUCCAUCCGCUACGAGGCCCUCAAAAAGGUCUACGACAACCGGGUGAGUGUGGCAGCCAAGAUGGCCCAGAGGAUGUCCUUUGGUUUCUACAAGUACAACAACAUGGAGUUCGUGCGAAUGAAGGGGCCGCAGGGGAAGGGGCACGCCGAGAUGGCGGUCAGCCGCGUUUCCACCGGCGACACGUCCCCCUACGGAACGGAGGACUCCAGCCCAGCCUCGCCCAUGCACGAGAGAGUGACGUCCUUCAGCACUCCUCCAACCCCAGAGCGCAACAACCGGCCGUCCUUCUUCUCCCCUUCCCUCAAGCGGAAAGUGCCCCGGAAUCGGAUCGCAGAGAUGAAGAAGUCGCACUCGGCCAACGACAGCGAAGAGUUCUUCCGGGACGAUGACAGUGAGGCAGACCUCCACAACACCACCAACUUACGGUCAAGGUCUCUGUCUGGGACAGGGCGGUCACUUGUUGGGUCGUGGCUCAAACUAAACCGGGCUGAUGGGAACUUUCUCCUCUAUGCACACUUAACCUACGUCACGUUGCCCCUGCAUCGGAUUUUAACAGACAUCCUGGAAGUUCGGCAGAAACCCAUCCUGAUGACGUAGCAGCGAGCCCUGGAGCCAGCACUGCGCUGGGUCGGUGUUGCUGCCAAGUGCAAGUGCCUGUCUGCUGUGGUUCUCUGUGACACCCAUCGCCGUCACCACCGCCACCACCUGGAGUCCAGCAUCCGCCCCGCCUGCCCAGGCUCGCCCCGGGAAGCCUCUCCGAGAACACCAGCCACCCAAACUGAAGUGCCUCUUUCUCCUUCCCGUCCCCUGGCUCCGGGGGCCCAGGAUGCCCCGCCAUGGCUGUGGGCCCAGAAAGGGCCAGGAGAGCGCGAUGAGCCACGCGGUCCUCGGGCUUCCCACGACUGGUCAGAGUUGACUUUCUAGCCGAUGAGAACAAACUGGCUGACCCCAUCGAGGGCCUCCCGCCUUGGGUGACUCGUGGCUCCGUGGGGGGAGGACGGACAGCCAGCCCCCUCGUGCUUCCAGCCAAAGAAUCCCCGCCACCUAUUCGGAGAACUGCCCGCUCCGGGCGAGGCUGCAUGAGGGCCCGGAGGUGGGGGGGACGCGCGGGCCGGGGCCAGGCUUGCCUCCUCGAGCCCUUCCCAGGCGGGGAUCCCCAGGAGCUGCCGGUCAGCCUUGGCGAUGAGGCCGUCCCUUCCCUUGGACUGCGCGGGGCUCCCGGGCCCCGAGGCAUGGCGGCAGUGGGUGCCGCGGGCCCAGGCGGGGCCGGGGGGACAUCCGUCCAGUCCGUGGAGGGAGCGUGAAUGUUGGUGUUUCUCGUAGCGCCAAGGCUCGAAUGUCACCCGUGAGCCUACCCAGGGGGAUCCCCAUUAUGCUGUGCCGGCGAGGGCAGCUCUUCCCAGAUCUCUCUGGAAUAAAUCUCCAGAUUGGCCUUC